GUAAAUUCGAGCAGUCUGAUUGUGGAGGCAGAGCAGUAGGGUCCUGCGGGUCGUUUUUGAUAGAAAUUAGCAUAGAUCUGUCAAUCUAAAGUUUACAUUUUGUAAUCCCUCUCUUUACAACAUGCAGCAGGUCGACACGUUGUUGCACAUCGCGAAUUUCAGCACACUGUUUGUGUGCAUGGUGCUCAAGUUCCCGCAGAUCUUUGUACUGAUGCGAGCGAAAUCUACGACCGGAGUGAGCCUCAACAGCCUUCUGCUGGAGCUGAUCGGGUUCAUUGUUUUUGUAACAUAUCAGAUGUACUACGACUACCCACCGCCAACCUACUUGGAAUAUCCCAUCCUCAUUGCUCAAGACGUCAUCCUCCUCCUCCUGAUUCUUCACUACAACGGCAGCCUGCGGCAGAGCCUCAUCUACGCCGUGGUGUUUGUGGGAGGCUGGAGGCUCCUGACUCUGGAGAAGUGGAUCAUAGAUUUGGCUAUGAGCCUGUGCACAUUUAUUAGUGCAGCCAGUAAGUUUGCCCAGCUGCAAUGCCUGUGGAGGUCAAAGGACGGCAGGCAGGUUAGUGCCCUCUCCUGGGCUCUAGCUACCUACACGUGUAUGGCUCGGAUUUACACCACCACAGUGACAACUGGAGACGUGCAGGUUCUGGUGCGGUUCAUAGCGAUGACCCUGCUGAACCUGUGGGUGUUGCUCACUGUGCUCCACUAUCAGAGACGCGGCAGCAGCUCCAAGAAGAAAGACUAAGUGUUUAACACUGGAUUCUGCAGAUCAAAGACGACUGGGUCACUUUAGGCACAACCAAUACUGUAAAAUGAAACUGACGGGUAACAAGAGGUCUAUCAGCAGAGAGAUGAUUUUUAUAUAGUCUGUCUUCCCUGUUAAAGCCACACAUUUGUUUGAAUAACAUUCCAGUUUGUAAAAAUCUGUUGAUAGGAAGAGAGACCAAUGCUUUGCCAUACAGUCUGUGAAAAAAAAAAAAAUCUAUUGUUAGACACGACCCCACGUAUAUGUGAAACGAUCCUAUUCCGGGUAACUUGUUUUGGAAAAGCUUUUGUAUAUGUAAAGUUAUUUUCUGAACUGUUUCAAUAAACCAAAUUCUACCUUU